CUCAACGAGAGUCAUCGUCACUCCCAGAAGAAACUCAAAAAGGUAAAGACUCGUUGACAUUUCCCUUAAAAGCUUUAUUACAUGCGCUUCUGGGUGUCGGAAAGCGGCGGACUUCAUCCCCAAUUUCUCGAAUUAGGGUUUAAUGGCGAGGCAAAGGCCGAAACAGUUGGAACCAAUCAAGAUUGGUCCUUCCAAGUUGGGUUUUGAUGGUGAAGAAGACGGUUGGAUUUUUGUUAAAAAGCAGCGAGUCAUCAUUGUAUUGCCUUCUCUUCCUCUUCCUGAACCUUUCACUGCGGAAAAGCCUGCAACUUCUCAAUCACAAUCCGAGCUGAGAGACUUUGUUGCUGAUACUCAAGAAACUACUCAUGUUCACGCUGUGGUGCCUUCUCUUCCUCUACCUGAACAAUUCAUACUGCAGAAGCCUGCAACUUUUCAAUCACAAGCUGAGUUAAAAGACGUAAUUGCGGAUAUACAUCAAACUGCUCCUGCUCACACAAUGGCGCCUUCUCUUCCUCCACCUGAGCAUUUUAUUUUGCAAAAGUCUGCAACUUCUCAAUCACAAGCUGAGUUAAGAGACGUAAUUGCGGAUAUGCAUGAAACUACUCCUCUUCCUCCACCUGAGCAUUUCAUUCGUCAAAAGCCUGAAACUUCUAAGUUACAAGUUGAGUUAAGAGCAAAUAGGCACCAAAAGUCUCUUGUUCACACAAUGGUUCCGUCUCUUCCGGUAGCUGAACAGAUCCAGAUCGCUGUGAAGAAACCUGCAACUUCGCAAUCACAAACUGGAUUAAGAGUGGAGACGCCCAAAGCUACUCUUUUUCACACUGUGGUGCCUUUUCUUCCAGUAACUGAACAUCGCACUUUGCAGAAGCCUGCAACUUCUCAGUCACAUGCUGAGUCAAGAUCUGAGACGCGCAAAGCUACUCUUGUUCACACAGUGAAGCCUUCUCUUCCUGUACUUGAAUAUUGCACUUCGCAGAAGGCUACAACUUCUCAGUUACAAGCUGAGCCGAGAGACUUUGUAGCGGAUGCUCACGAAACAACUGGUUUUCACGCUGUGGAACCUGAGGCAUGUCCUGACUUCACCUCAGUAGACAAACCGGAGAUAGUAACGGGUCGGGACCUCACAACCAGGAAAGCUCCAGGACCAAGGAGAUCACUGCAAGAUUGUAGAAUGGAUCCGGAAAGAAGAUUGGCGAUUCAAAGGAGCCGUACAGGUUACAAGCCCACCAUGAGGUUUCCUAAAGUGAUGUGCAGCUCUGUUGUUAUGGAUAAUGAGAAGCUUAGAGUGGUGAAUCUGGAGAAGAAGGUUGAGAAAGCUGGCGGAUUAAACGAAUGGGUUGGAUCAAUAGGAUUGGGGAGAGAGUUUGAGAGGAUGUUGAGAGGACAGAGGAUGAGUAAGUUUCAAAUGGCGAAUUUGACAAUGGAGAAGCUUAAGCAUAUGGGUGCUUUAGCCGUUGGACCAAGAAGAAAGCUUAUACAUGCCAUUCGCUGUGUCUAUCACCCACAUUGUCUUCGUGCUUCCUUUAACUAAAUUACAAACUUUUUGGAAUUUAGUCAUUCAUUGUCCAAUAAAAACCAUUGAUAUCGCUUGUUUGAUGAAAAAGAUUUUCAAUUUUGGGAAACCAAAUUUAACUAUAACACGUA